UUGACUUGAAUGGUGCUCUGUGUUAUUUUCGGCUGAUGAGGCCUUAGCCGCUUGAGCUGAGCAUCCAUAUAGGGGAUAGAGCCUGUGAUGGGACAGGCUUGUUUCUCAACGGAAACGAGUUAGCUCACGCUUGGAAUGACCACCAUGGUUAUGGCUCCGGGAUCAUUCCAUCAUAUCUUGGCGAUAGCCAUGGAAUACUAGCUGUCAAAUGGCAAAGCGCUUAAAUGAGCUAACUCGUCAGCUUCUGACAGUCCUGAUGGACCCUGUCAGUGAAUUCGACGCCCAGGACGAAUUUGGGUUUACUGUUUUGUUUACACAGACUGAACCGCCAGGAAUGCUUUGUCUGUGUACCCAACCAUGGAAUUCGUCGGUUGAUGGUUCGUUAGCAGAUCAUUGGAUGAACUUAGAUGGGUCUGAAUGUCUAGAAAUCCAGUCGGAUGCUAGUCAUCCCGGGCGCGGGGGGGGGGCAAUCCAGAAAAUAUCUCGAAUGGCAUUGGGCCCAUCUACAGGAUCUGGAGUGAAAAGCUCAUCUUUUGCAACAGGUAAUAAAGCGAGAAGAGCGGAGGAUUCGCGAGACUACAGCACGAUUGCACCGAUUUUCACCCAAAAUGGGGAGACUGUAGCACAUUUGGGUGCAAAUUCAAGGCCUCUUUUACUUAUAUCCCCGCCGCAAUCCGCGGGGUAAGAUACAGAUUUGGGCCUUUCCCGGCAUCACUCCCAGAUGCAUCAUGCACCUGGUACUCGGCAUGUAGCAGAAUGCCAAAGAGUGUAUUAAAAUAGUGCAGGAAGAAUCAUCCAUGGGAUUGAGCGAUAUAUUCCAUGAAAAUUCAUGCAAUACAUUAUC